CCCACUUGCCCUGCAAGCGACACUCCCCCCGCCGGAGGCUCCGCCGAGAGGGCAAUGAAAGAGUCUGGGCGCGCGAUCAUGGCGGCUCCGCUCGCGCGGGACACUCUGCCUGAACGCUGGUCCUACGGGGUCUGCCGGGAUGGCCGCGUCUUUUUCAUCGACGAUGACACCCGUCGCACCACCUGGCUCCAUCCCCGCACGGGACAACCUGUCAACUCGGGACACAUGAUCCGUUCGGAUUUGCCUCGAGGAUGGGAAGAAGGCUUCACCAAGGAGGGCGCGAGCUACUUCCUAAACCACAACCAGAGGACGACAACUUUCCGGCACCCAGUGACGGGACAAAUAUCUCCUGAAAACAGUGACUUCAGCCUCCAGGAACAGCCAAACUCCCACAUGCUCAAGCCACAGCCCCAGCAGCGGCCGUCCAGCAUGGUCAGCGAGUCCUCCACGACCGUAACAUCCUCUACGGUGGACACAACCUCAGCGUCAAAGGGCUCAAAGUCCAGUGGAAAGGUGCAUAGCUUUGGCAAGCGGGACCAUGCUAUCAAGAGGAAUCCCAACAUCCCGGUGGUAGUGAGGGGGUGGCUCUACAAGCAGGACAGCUCUGGAAUGAGGCUGUGGAAGCGCAAGUGGUUUGUGUUGUCUGACUACUGCCUGUUUUACUACAAAGACAGCCGAGAGGAGGCCAUCCUGGGCAGCAUUCCCCUGCCCAGUUACGUCAUCGCACCAGUGGAGCCCGAAGACCACAUCAACCGCAAGUUCGCUUUCAAGGCGUGCCACACAGGGAUGCGCUCCUACAUUUACAACCGGAAUUCUGUGAUUGGCUCGCAGGCCGAGCAUGGCGGCAUGCGCACCUACUACUUCAGCGCCGACACGCAGGAGGACAUGAACGGCUGGAUCCGCGCCAUGAACCAGGCCGCCCUCAUGCAGACCCACAGCCUGAGGAGGGAAGCGGACAAGGUUGAGCGACUGGCGGCUCCACAGACCAGUCACAUCAACAGCCAGCAGAAGAGCCCCACCCAGACCAAGGGUUCGCACUGGGCGAAGCAAGGGGACGGCGAACCGGUGGGGUUCGAGAAGACCGCGGAGGUCCACGAGGAUCCUGGGGACAGGGCGCGCUACGACCCCAUCAAAAGGCCACCGGAGAGCCGUGGACAGGCCAGGUCUCAAUCCAGAGGGGGCGACGUGGACACGGCCUUUCCAGAUUCGGCUCCCCCCGCACAAAAGAACGGCCUUUCCUCCGAACAGAACGGCGAUGGGCUGUACAAGCGGGGCCUGCUCCAGCAGACAGAUGCUGGUAUACAGGUGCAGAGGAAGACUAACCUAGUGCAGGUGGAGAACUGGGUGAAGGUGCAGAAGGGAGAUGCCAAAAGCCUUCCUGCCCCUGAGCGCGUGCUGUCCCGGAGGACUCCUCCUCUGCACCCCAAGGCUGGCAGCACAGACACCUAUCAGUUGCUGCCGAAGUCCUCCAGACGCUCACCUGGCGGGACUCCCCCUUCGGCACCCCGCGACCUGCCCAGCGACUAUAAAUAUGCAGCGGACCGCGUGAGCCACCUACGUAUGUCAGCUGAUGAGCGAGUUGCCACCAAGGAGGGCACCGUGUGGCAGCUGUACGAGUGGCAGCAGCGGCAACAGUUCCGGCACGGCAGCCCCACAGCACCAUUGUACACCGACGGCGGGACUUUUCGGGUCACCCUGGAGGUGCCGCGCUCCGUCUCUGUUCCGCCCUCCCCGUGUGACAUCCCCCCUCCGGGGCCUCCUUCCAGGGGCCUUUCCCCGCGCAGACCUCACACACCUGCGGAGCGAGUGACCGUGCGGCCGCCGGACGAGAGGCCGGCCGUGGACGUAGCCCCCCCGAGUUCCCCUCGAGUGGCCCGUGCCCAACUUUCCAAGACUUCUCAGAUAGAGAGGCGGUCGAUGCCACCCAUGGGGUACAUAACGCACACGGUCAGUGCCCCCAGUCUGCACGGCAAAACGGUUACUGGGCGAGAACCUUUAAAAGACAGAACUCCGAGACCAGUAAAGAUAGCUGAAAGUGAUGUGGAUGUGAAGCUGAGCAGACUCUGUGAACAGGACAAGGUCCUCCAACAUCUUGAGAGUAGGAUUCGUACGCUGAAGGAGGACAAGGACAAGUUGGAGUCAGUGCUGGAUGUGUCUCACCAGCAGAUGGAAAAGUAUUGUGACCAGCCGGCCCAUGCCGAGAAGAUCGCCUACCAGCAGAGGCUACUGCAGGAGGAUGUGGUGCAUAUCCGGGCCGAAAUCUCCCAGCUGUCCACGGAAAUGGAAAAUGCCUGGAGGGAGUAUGGCCACCUGGAAACCGACCUGGAGCAGCUGAGAGAAGCUCUGCAGAAUCAAAUGAGCCGCAGCUCUCUCUCUCAGCAGGAAAAGACUCAGAUGAGGAAGGAGCUCUGGAGGAUCGAGGAUGUGAUGGCAGGGCUCAGCUCCAGCAAAGCGAACUACCAAGUCACUAUAGACUCUGUGCAGAACCCCGAGAGAAAACUUGUGCCUUCAGUGUCUCCGUCUUUGGUGCCUUCACUGCCCACGGGCACGUCUGCUGCGGAUGUCAGAUCUCCCCAGCAUAGCCUUGCCCCUGAGGGCCGCUCUUCCCGGCAGCCUUUGCAGCAGCCGGGCUGGGCUCCUCAGGCCCAUUCGCUCCAGAAGUUUGUGCCAAAGUGGGCUGAGGAGGAUGCUCCUCCUCGACCACCCCUGCCCCAGCUGUACAGUCCUGAGGACCAGCCUCCUGCCGUGCCUCCGCUGCCCAAGGAGACGUCAGUCAUCCGACACACAUCCGUGCGUGGCCUCAAGCGACAGUCAGACGAGCGCAAACGAGACCGGGAGAUCGGACAUUACGUCAAUGGCGACUACAAGGUGGAGAUCCGGUCGUACCUGAGCGAGCCGGAGCUGCUGGGGGUGGGAAGUCUGGAUUUGGCAAAUGGGGGGAUGCUGGGGUCCAACGGCGGCGGAUAUCAGACCCUACCAAGCAAAGGAUUAGCUGGCUCAACAUCCAGACUUAACCAGUCAACGAACAUUUCAUCCUACGUCACUCUGAGACGAGGAGCCACGGCAUCUGGCCUAAAGGAGAGACCAAAGAGCGCCUUGGAGAGGCUCUACUCGGAGCCGCAGCGCGGGGGCCGCAUGAGCGCCGAUGAGCAGCUAGAGCGCAUGAAGCGACACCAGAAGGCGUUGGUCCGCGAGCGCAAGCGCACCCUGAGCCAGGGAGAUCGCCAGGGUGCCUCAUCCCGUGCCAGCUCCUCCUGCUCACGACCGCUCUCCGCUGACCUGGGCUCUUGGAGGCGGGAGCAGGAGUUUGACCUCCGGCUGUUGGAGCGGGCAGUUCAAGGCGAGGAGCGACCCGCCGAGCACCGGGAGCAGCCCCGGUCACAGUCAGACGAGUGGCUGACCGCUCUCGCCAAACCCGAGCGGGAACUGGACCUGGAACCACUCGAUUACGAUUUGGAUCUGAGCCGCGAGCUGUCCAAGCCCCAAAAGGUGUGCAUCCCCGAACGUUAUGUUGACAUGGAGCCCGAGGAGCCACUUAGCCAGCAGGAGAUGGAGGCCCGGUACCGCAAAGUGGAGCGCAUCAAGAGCAUCCUAGCAAAGUCCAGCGUUCAGAGCGUGCAGCCGUCUGCAGGGCUGGCGAGCCCGGACUUUGCGGACCUGGACCACGCGCUGCAGGAGAAAGAGCGUAUCAUCACCAUGUCGUACGCUCUGGCGUCUGAGGCCUCUCAGAAGAGCAAGCAGGUUGCAGACAGGCAGAACGAGGAGAGUAUUUACCUGUCAACAAUGUAUUAAGCCAAAGCUGCGUCAGAACUUUGAGGUGCUACAACACGAGGGCGAGUCACGGUGGCCUGGAUUCUUCAACGCGGAAGAGCUUAGAAGAACUGACUGGCUUAAGCAUUUGACACCAGUAAUAUGAAUAUGGAUCCUUUAUUGCUUAACAUUCAGUGCUGACUAGGAGACUGGUUUUGUAAUGCUUUUUUAAUAGAGCUAAAAUAUUUUGUAAAUUAAAAUGUAUGGCGUGGAGGCUGCAGUGAAUGUAUUACGUCUGUUAAUGUUGUACUAGAGAACAUUUUAUACGUGCACUUUUAUUACUUGUAUCCUAGAAAAGAUUUGGAAUGCAAGACAUUUUUAUUAAGUAUGAGAAGGGUUUGACUGAAAUACAGAUUAAGCCGAAGGUGUUAUGCCACUGAACACAGGCAGGAGGAAAAUAAGCAUUUGAAUAAUUGCUUCAGAAAGAUGGCUGGCUGUAUACUAUACACCAAGUCACAAAAAUAUUAUUUUUGUUUGACCCAAGACUGCCAUUCGAAGUUUCAUUCUAGCUUGCCAAAUGAGUUUUAUUUUUGCUAACAAAAUUGGGGGGGCGGGGAAAGCGAUGGCAAUAUUUUUUGAAAAUAGUUUGUGGGGAAGAAGUGUAACACUAUGAAGAACACAUUGUAGAAUUAAAGUGUAAAAAAAUAUUUUUGCCACGUUAAAUAUUUUAUUUUACUACAUCGUAACUUUACAUACGAUAUUAAAAUAUUUUUUUGCCUUAAAAUGGAAUCGGUGGAAGUCCUUCCAUGAAGAAGCUCUAUGUUCAUAAAGUUUCAUAUCACUGAAUUUGCAUGUAUACAGCUAAAUAAAGACAAAUGCUUGGACAA